AUGGUUUCCCAAUCCACUUCAGUCGCAGUCUUCUUCCUGAUUGUUGGUAUUCUGAUAAGCUCAGGUGGAUGGGGUGGAUCAUCAGAUGCUGGUUGGAGCAGCUCAGCGAAAGGAAGUUUUGGAGGAUCAUCAGGAAGUGGCUGGGGCGCAAAUCUGCCAAAGCCUAGUUCAUCAAACAAGAACGCUGACCAGAAAAUGCAAAUUACAGGCUGGAUUACAGUGCCGCAGUGA